AUGCUUGAACAGCGUGUGGCUUCUUGGCUCGCCUCCCUCCCCGACGAAUACCCCCCAUCCGAAGCCCUCUCCAAAACCCCGAAGCGAAAGGCAGCGCUGCCCAGUCCGCCUACUUCAGACUCAAUGGAGGGAACAACUCCAAAGCGCCGUCGUCUCAUCGAUCCGGAUCGUACGCCGCGUGCUGCAAAUCUACCUCCUCCUUCAUCAACUGGUUCGUCUGCUUCGUGGUCUGAAUCCGGGGAGGGAUCGCGAUCGAGUUCGCCGAAGAAACAAAUGCUUAAGCUGAGGCUGGAAGAAAGAGGGCUUGAAUGCAGACAACUAAAUGUUGACACUGCGCCCCCGGUCAUUUCUAGUCUUCUGGAUACAAUUCAGGAAAUUGGAAGUAGGAUUGAGAUAUUGCCUGCUGAUAAGAAGAGUGCUAUUCUGGAGAGCCCAUUUUUGAGGGAGCAGAAUGCGCGCUUGUGGAGGUUUGCGUUCAAAGAAGAGGGUGACGAUACGCUACCGGGACGAGUUCCUCUACCAGAGGAAAUAGUUCAGAUAUGUAAUUAUGCGCGUCACUGUCAUGAUACGAACCACGAAGAGGCGGCGUGGAAUAUGGAAGUGCAUCAUCGUCUGCUUGAGGCUAUCCUAAGAGAACCGGACGCUUCGACAGCCGCGCCUCUCAACUUUACUUCCUGCACCACCGCCCGCCCGCAUCGUCGCUUCGUACCCUACUCCUCGACAGCCAAAAUGAUCGACUUCUGCCUCUACCUCAAUCCCACCGACUCCCCCGCCCUCCAAGCACUCGGCCGUCAAACCCCAACCCUCACCGUAAACCACACCGACUUCGCGCCCCUCCAACUAUCCCCUAUAGUUCUGAGCAUCGAGACUAAGCGUCCCGGCAAAGAACUCGACGCCGCGCAACUCCAGAUGGGAGUAUGGCACGCAGCGCAGUGGUCUUUCCUCCGCUCCGUUAUCGGGCUUACACCACAGCCUUUGACAGCGGAAGAAGAAAUACAGCGGAAUCAAAAGGCGAACGAGGUUUUGGGACAGUUGGGGUUUAUACCGGGGAUCAUAGUUCAGGGGCAUCGCUGGCUCUUUGUGUUUUCGACGUUGGAGGGGGAUAAGACUGUUCUUUGGACGGAGAGACAGUUUGGCACGACGCAGAGUAUUCUUGAUACGUAUGCUGUUGUCGCGGGGAUACGGGAGUUGGCUAGAUGGGCGAGAGAUGUUUACGUUCCUUGGUUUAGGGCGAAUGUUCUUGCUGGGUUUCAGUCUACUGAGGUUGGAUGA